CCAAAGCGAGAGGACUUCUUCGCCGCCGUCUUGACCGUUAUUAAUCAUUGUACAUUUGGCUGUCACCGAAAAAGGCCGCGAAAUUCGCAAGCAGUGAGAGCGAAAGAGAGCGCACGAAAGAGAGCGAGAGCGUGUACUCACGCACACGUAAAAGAAACAAAAACGACAACGACAACGACAACGGCAACUACAAAACUACUAAUACCAAGGCAGACCGACUGACCAGCACACAACCACCACUGCAGGACACAUAUGUGUGUGAGUGAGAACGAAACGCCGCAUUUCGUGGACGUGCGACUUUAAAUUUCCCGUGACGUCGCCGCCGUCGUCGCCGUGCGGAAAUUCGCCGCGCUAAAAUCAAAAUUCACUCAAGUCCGUCGCGGUAGUUUGUCGCCGCACGCUAGCCGCUCAGGUUCGCACAUCCACGUCACAGCGACGCAGCGUCACAAUAUCACAAUAUCCUUCGACGAGCGCGAGAGAGAGGUCGCUUCGCUUCGCAUCGCACCGCAUGUCCUGCCGCUGAAAUUCGCACGCCACAGCAGCGGUAAACAUCACGCCGCAUCGCGAGCACAGUGUUCGAUUGUGAUUGUCCGAGUGAUGUUAUGUUAUCUUUGCAACUGAACAACAACAUUAACUGCAUACUGAAAACUAACAACUAAAAACUAAAAACUGCAACUGCAAUCCAUGUGAACUAUAUGUAACGUGUGAACCACAAACAUCGCCGGUCGAGAUAAUAAUAAACAGAGCAAAUACAAAUAGCUGCGCUAUCACCGAAUUUAUCCCGCCUUCGCUGGAAGAAGGCACCGAUCACAUUUCGCCCCCGGAAGUUAGCUAAAAGACGCCAAGCUGUUCGACAACGGCCUCAAGUUGGAUAUUUCCAGCUACCCCCACAUGAACAUCCGCAUGGGCACAAAGGGUAAGCGUCCCCUGCGGAGCCUGACGCCGCGCGACAAGAUCCAUGCCAUCCAGCGCAUACACGAUGGCGAGUCCAAGGCAUCGGUGGCCAGGGACAUCGGCGUGCCCGAGUCCACGCUGCGCGGCUGGUGCAAGAACGAGGACAAGCUGCGCUUCAUGUCCCGCCAAUCCGCCACGGAUAACCUCUGCGCCGACGCCCUGGGCGACAAGAUGGAUGGCGUUGGUGGCGGUGGAGCUGGUGGCGGUGGAGCUGGUGGUGGUGGUCUGUUGGGUCCGCCAGAGAAACGCCAGCGUUUGGAUGGCGCCCUGCCCCUGAACUUCUCCAACAAACUGAAGUUCGAUGAGCUGGCCUUCAAGCGAUCGCCGCUAAAUGGCCUGGACUACAGUACAAACAAGAAUCUGGCCGAACUGGGCUACAAUGGGCUGCCCGUGGACUAUGCGGCGUUCAAUGGCGGGGUCAAGGCCAAGGUGUUUGGUGCCGAUAUCAAUCGACCCGCCGCCGAUCCCUCCCUGAACGCCAUCAGUCCGCUCUCGAGCUUGACGCACCUAUCGGGUCUCACGGGCAUCUCACAGUCCCCGCUGGCGAUCAGUUUCAACGAGCUGACCACAAACCUCAACUUGCUGGCCCAGCUGAAUCCCGGCCUGGCUGCCAUGUCCGGCCUAAGCAGCUUUCCCGCCGGCGCUGGUAACCUGAGGACACCCAAGCCCAGCGCCCAAACGCCGCUGCAGGUGCAGAGCCCCAGGAGCGACAGUGGCGAUCGCUCGGCACAGGGUCUCUCGGUGAAGAACUGGGCCAAACAGAAGCCGGCGGAGGGACAGGGCAGCCUCAAUCUGAGCAUCAAGAACGAGGGCAAGCCUGGCGACACCAUCAAGAGUCCGAGUCCCUCGCUUGCGCCAUCGCAAAUGGGCGGGCCCAUGACGCUGUCCAAUCUGGCCGAAGAUCCCUUGCUCUACUGGCUGAAGUCGCAGCAGACCAUGUUGGGCCUGAAUCCCCUCUAUCCGCCCACCAUACCCAUGGGCGUGACCAGUCCACCCAUCAGAUCUUCCACGCCACAGCACAUGAACCAGCUGGCGCAGACGCCGCCGAUACCCUCGGCACCGCUGACACCCUCGUCCACGCCGUCGGGCAGUCUGGACGAGAAGAACGCGGCGUGGUACAACUGGUGCAAGGCGUUCGGCGCCAGUCUGCACACCCUGAAUCCCAAUGCCGCCACCCUGGCCGCCCUGCAAGCCAAUCAGCUGCAGCAGCAGGUGGCCAGCACGACUGCGGAGGGCGGAUCCUUGGGAGAUCCCUCGAACAUCCUGUACUCCCAUCUCACGAAAGAGACUGAGACGCCGUCGGUGCGAAGUCUGUCCUCCAACGAGCAGAAUCCCGAGGCGGACGAGGCCACCGAGCCCGAUCUCGACGGCGAAGUGGAGACGGAGGCAUCCGGUAAACCGGAGGAUCUCUCGGCCGCCGGCAAGGUGAUGACCCCAUCGCAAAGUCCCAUUGCCCAUUCAUCGGGCAGCCGGAGUCCCGAGCCAAAGGCGAAGAAGACCAAAACGCCGGAGGCCGCGAAUCCCACAAGCGAAUGCAAAAAGAUCCUAGACAAUAUGCUGUUCAAGAUGGGCGGCAUGGAGGCCACUGGCUCCGAAUCGGAGGGCAGCUUCCAGGACACCAGCAAUCCGCACACGAACAACAACGAUGUGAGUGCCAGCAAUAACAAUAAUAACAAUAAUAACUCCAACAAAACGGACGAGGAGGAAAAGGCCAAGUAUCUGGACUGCACGGCGGACGAGGACAUCGAGGCCAUCCGGCAUGGCGAGAAGUUCCUGCAGUGGCUGGAGAACUGCAGCAAUCCCCGCGUGACGGCCGUGCAGCUGAUGCAGCUGCGCUUCCUCAUAGCCGCCAUCAAGUCGGGCAACGAGACGCCGCUGGAGAAGAUCGAGAAGCCAGGUGCGCGCUGUCUGCCGGAGGACAGCGAGGAGCAGGUCGCCGAGGAGGAGGGCAGUGGGCGGGGCAAGAGUCGCCGUCGCAAAUAGGAAAAGCCAAAGUUGGCGCCCACGGAGCCAGCCACGGAUACAGAGUUAGAGGAUAGCCCAAGCGGCGCAGAACCAGGACCUGGUGUCCUUGCUGCAGAUGCAGAUGCAGAUGGAGAUGGAGAUGGAGAUGCAGAAGCGGAUGCAGAUGUGGAUGCAGUUGCGGAUGCCGGCGAGGCAUCGACGAGGUGCCACGUGUAUGCGCCGGCCGUCUACCGAUCGUCGGCCACCCUACUCAGCUCCCUCUUCUUCCCCCCCUACGAAUUUGUACAUUGUGACCUCGACGAUGACCCCGACGACUGCCAGAUCACGGGCGAGUACCAGCAGUACGACGAACUGAGCUCCAGCAGUUAGACCACAGACCACAGACCACAUGGCUGCACGCCUCCUCCUCCGCGCAGGACUCCACUGAAUUUAUCUCCUAGCUGUGAAACCUAUCGAGCAUACUUUCAGUCUCUUUCAAUUCCAUUCAACUAAAUUUCAUUCAAUUCAACACCAUUCUAUUCAAUUCAACUCACUUCCAUUUAAUUCAAUACAAAUCCAAUCCAUUGCAUUGUCUUAAUUAAUCGUACGGUUAACGUGUAUAUAUAUUGAGAAACUCUAUUUGUAGCUAUUAUGCAUUUGAUUUGAACAUUUGAAAAUGGAAAAAACAUUAGUUAGGUUUGUUUUGUUCAUCGCAAUGCAUUCGCAUUCUAGGAAAAAUGUUAUAGUCUUUAGUUUUUUGUUACGAAACAAACAUUUCGAACUGCAAGGUGUGUUGGAAAGAGUCGCAAAUGAUGGCAUGCAUUUGAUAUCAAACGUUUUUAAAUUUCGUAUAUUAUAAAACUAUGGAAAUGUGCUCAAAAAGAAUUUUCUUAAUUCGAAAUGAAUGCGAUAUUUAAAUAAAAACAUUUACAAAUUUAAAUGUAAUUUUAAAUACAUGUUCAAUAAAAAGUAAUUAGAUAAUUUUUAUGAAACUCUUAAAA